AGAAGUUGUUUUAGUCAUGUAGCAUAUUUUCCGUGGUGUUAUGUCCAAAUUCUUGAAAUUGUAUGCGGAAAUAACACUCCUGUAGUCUUUGGUGUCGUAUUUCUCGUAAGCUUAUCUUCGAGUUUGAGUGCGCGCGAAGGGGAGAACCAUCCACUUCCAGUUCCAUCUACGCAGCUGGCAUCUGAGCCUAGGGCCGGAGGAAGUCGUGAUGCGAUUGGAACCUUAGCUGUGAAAUCAGGCGUUUCUCCAGUUUCAGGCGAAUACACCGGUCUGAACGAUGGUCAUGUGUCGGUCGCGACAAGCUUCUCAGGAUACACAUAUCGUCAGUACGACUCCACUACUCGCUACUGUGAAUACUACUGUGAAUGCUAAUUCCCACUAAAAACAGUGGGACAGUACUUUGACAACAUGUACAAAAGUGGUACGCUGACAAGGAUGAUCUACGUAGUGAUGGGAAUAACAUCAAUAGUGGUUAUCUACUUUGUUAUUCGAGCUGUGAGGGUGAGAACAAGGAAGAGCAAAACUAAGAAGUAUGGAAUCCUGCAGACGGCUGACACUGACCUGGAAAUGACACCAUUAGAUGUAGGCGAUGAGGAAGAGGAUAUGACUGUGUUUGAACUACCUAGCAACCGUAAAUAGCAGGAUGUGUCAUGUGUGCUGCUCCUUGUUGUACGAAUAUGCUAAGUAAGGUGUUUCUAAAAUGUUCUUUUUUUCCAAAUUGAAGCUUAAUUUUG